ACAAAACUCGGUGUUAUUCGUUGGAACUUGAUUGGGCCUCCCCGCAUGACUGAAACUGCACGAAACUCGACAAACUGCCAGGACAUGUGUGAGCAACAGAUUGUGCAACUAUAAAAGGGCAUGGGCCCCACCGUUCGCUCAGUCACAGUCACUCGCCUGGUCAGACUGAGAACAAGAAGAUGACCUCCAGAGUUUUCUUUGGUUGCUUUUUGGUUGUUCUGCUACUUCCAGGUUUUAUUGAUGCCAGGUGUGAAUCAGGAAUAGUGCCCAGCGACGUCUGUAACGGUAGCCAAAAGUGUCAGAGCCAAGUAAAGCAUGUGCGGUUCGAUCACCCGUUCGACAUGCCUCCGAACGUUAUGGUGGCAAUAUCGACCUUUGAUAUUUGGAAUGGUGCAAAUAGUAGACUGACAACAUACCAUUCAGGCGUCACCUCUCAAGGCUUUAAUGUGAGUAUCAAAAGCUGGGCUGACACUCAUCUGUAUUAUGUAAAGGUGUCCUGGAUUGCAUGCCUCUGAACUGUUUUGAAUAUACAUGCAUGCUUUAAUUGAAAACACUGAAGAUGCAGCAGUAAUAUGGAGUUCAUAUUGUCGAUUUCCGAUUAUAUACCUUAUAAAAACAUGCACCGAAACUACUUAUGUCAAACAAACUUAUUCAAAAAUGUCUUUAAAUGUAUAAAGGGGGUGUCAUGUGUGUAACAGCUAGUUUAAGUGGCAAUAAUAUUAAAAAUAAUGAACAUUUUCGUUGUUGCUAAAUCUAUGUUAAUUACUGCUAUAGGUAUUUGAUCAGACUGAAAUAUUUUUAAAACGCUGCAACAAUAGUUUCUUAAGAGUUAAAAAAUACAAAUAUCCCACAUCGACAAAACGUAUAACUCAUUUUUAAAGUAAUAGAAACAUUGCGUCUUGGUAAUAUGUAA